AAGAUGGCCACCAUGACCAUGUCCGCCACGUGCGCGCAGCCCCUCGCGGCUCGCAAGGUUCGCGCUGCGAAGCGCAACGUCGUCACCCGCGCCGCGCGUGACGGCCCGGUCAUCAUCGGCCUCGCCGCGGACUCUGGCUGCGGCAAGUCUACGUUCAUGCGCCGCAUGACGUCCCUCUUCGGCGGCAAGGCGACCCCCCCGGAGGGCGGCAACCCGGACUCGAACACGCUCAUUUCCGACACCACCACCGUGCUUUGCCUCGAUGACUACCACCUCAACGACCGCAACGGCCGCAAGGAGUCCGGCCUGACCGCGCUCAACCUCAAGGAGCAGAACUUCGACCUCAUGUACGACCAGGUCAAGGCGCUCAAGGAGGGCAAGGCCGUCGAGAAGCCGAUCUACAACCACGUCACCGGCGUGUUCGACCCCGCGGAGAAGAUCGAGUCCCCGGACAUCCUCAUCCUCGAGGGCCUCCACCCCUUCGCGGACGAGCGCGUUCGCGACAUGUUCGACUUCAAGAUCUACCUCGACAUCUCCGACGACGUCAAGUUCGCGUGGAAGAUCCAGCGUGACAUGGCCGAGCGUGGCCACUCCCUCGAGUCCAUCAAGGCUUCCAUCGAGGCGCGCAAGCCGGACUUCGACGAGUUCGUCGACCCGCAGAAGCAGUACUCCGACGUGAUCAUUCAGGUGCUCCCCACGCAGCUCAUCCCGGACGACAACGAGGGCAAGAUCCUGCGCGUGCGCAUGAUCAUGAAGGAGGGUGUUGAGAACUUCGACGCGCCGUACCUCUUCGACGAGGGCUCCACGAUCUCCUGGAUCCCGUGCGGCCGCAAGCUGACGUGCUCUUACCCGGGCAUCAAGUUCUUCUACGGCCCGGACACCUUCUUCGGCGAAGAAGUCUCCGUCCUCGAGAUGGACGGCCAGUUCGACAAGCUCGAGGAGCUCAUCUACGUCGAGUCGCACCUCUCCAACACCUCCACGAAGUUCUACGGCGAGAUCACCCAGCAGAUGCUCAAGUACCAGAACGGCCCGGGCUCCAACAACGGUACUGGACUCUUCCAGACCCUCUGCGGCCUCAAGGUGCGCGAGCUCUACGAGCGCAUCUCCGAGAAGGAGGUUGUCGCUGCCGCCUAAGUUCGCAUCGUCAUUACACGCGUGCUAUGGUGGGUUGGGCCGAAGGAUUCGGCGGUUGGUGUCGCGAGUUUUGGUGUGCGAGCUGAGGGCAAGACACGAUCUCGCGAGGGGGUGGUUCGCAGCGCCGAUUGAGACAAAUCGGAGCGGCGGCUUGGAAGUGGUGUAUAGAGAAGUUUAGAAAUACCACGGAUUUCAAUGGUUGUAAACACACACCUAUUUUUUCAA